UAACUUGUCACAACUGUGUAACAAAAUUGUCAUGAAAUAUUUUGAACUUUGUCCGCGUAUUAUCUACAUCGGUAAAUUUAACAAAUUUUAUUUCUUCGAAACAUAUCGGUAGAAAAUAUUUAAUCUAGAAGUGUACAUUUAAUGCCUUAUGAGGCAAAACAUUUAAAAUAGUGUAAAAAUUGAAAUCUCUUACAAUAUCUACUAUGGGAUUAAUAUUUCGACCCCAUACGUAUCACCGGCUUUUCAGAAAACAUAUUGGAAUAUGUUUCAAAAGAACCUGCCAUGCAGCUCCAAAGAAAGAGAACAAUUUAGAUCUGCUAAAUUCCUUUAACCAGGAUGUUAAAACAGGUGGAGUCAUACCUGUUUUCCGAAGAGCACUUUUAUUCCCAUCCAGAGUAGCAGUCCAAGAUGACUCUGGAACAUUUACCUAUGCUGGACUAUAUCAUGCAGCAAAUGAUCUUAGUAGGGACAUUGCAGCACAGUUAUUGGGUGAAACAGAAAGGACUAUUGGAUACCUGUGUGGCAACAAUGUUUCACAUGUCAUUACACAGUGGGCAAUUUGGAUGACAGGAAAUAUAGCUGUUCCAUUGACACCUAUACACCCACCAGAAAUGUUAAAAUACUUCAUAACCGAUAGUGAUGCCGGUCUAGUCAUAUGUACAAAGGAACAUGAAAACUUACUGAGACCAGUUACAUCUGAACUUUCAAAGCCGUUAUUAGUAUCAGAUCGAGAUAAGGAUAAAGAUGAAGUACCAAAUCACUGGAAACCAGAGACCGGUCUAGGAGAAACAGGACCAACAAAUUUAUGGUAUGGUGGAAAAGAUGCUAUGUUGAUUUAUACUAGUGGCACAACCAGCAAGCCAAAAGGGGUCGUCUGGACGCACAGGAUGCUGGCAACCCAGAUUGCAGCUUUACAUAGUGCAUGGCAAUAUUCUGCCAACGAUGUUGUUUUACACACGUUGCCGCUGCAUCAUAUACAUGGACAGCUCAAUUCCUUAAAUGCCACAUUGGCUGCGGGGGCCAGAAUUCGCAUGCUGCCGUCGUUCGCGUCGCACACGGUCUGGUCCCGUCUUCUGGGCAAAGGAUCCGAAGAGGCCCGUAUCACGGUGUUCCACGGAGUGCCGGCCAUGUACGCGCGACUGGCGGCCGACCACUCCGCUCUGUUCAAGGACAGUAAAACCGUGGAGUACGUCCGGAACACCUUGAGUAAGAUGAGACUGAUGUGUGCGGGCUCGGCCCCUCUGCCCGAGACGCUGUUCAAUAAGUGGGAGGAGAUCUCCGGUCUUCGCUUACUCGAGCGCUACGGUAUGUCCGAAGUGGGAAUGGCCCUGAGCAACCCGUACCGACCCGUAGAGAAGAGGCGAGUGGGCUGCGUCGGAACACCGCUCCCCGGGGUGUCGGCCCGCAUCGCGGCCCCGCGGGACGAGGGCCUCCGGCCUCUGGUCACGGUGGAGAGUCGAGCACCGGACUUACGGAUAUCGCCGGAGAGACUCAGUGUCGCCGAGGGCCUCGUGGAAAACGAGGACCGGGCAGAGGUGAAAGUGACCGUGCACGAGAAGGAAGGCGACGGCGCCAUCGAAGGCGAAUUACUUCUGAAGGGACCCAACGUGUUUACCAGAUAUUGGAACCGAGCGCCGAGCGUCGACGGCGCCGACUUCACGAGCGACGGCUGGUUCCGGACGGGAGACGUGGCGUCCUUCUCGAACGGGUCGUUUAAAAUUCUCGGCCGGUCUUCCGUGGACAUCAUCAAGACGGGGGGUUACAAGGUGAGCGCCGUCCAGGUGGAGUCGGCGAUUUUGGAACACCCGAGCGUGGCGGACGUGGCGGUUCUGGGGAUCGAGGACGACAGCCUCGGGGAGAUCGUCUCCGCCGUGAUCCAGUCGAAAGAGAACGAGAGCGUGUCGCUCCAGCAGUUGAAGGACGUCGUCGGAAAGAAGUUGGCUCCUUACCAGCUGCCCAGGACCAUGCUGACGGUCGAGAAGAUGCCGAGAAACGCGAUGGGGAAGCUGGACAAGAAAGAGAUCAGGCGACUCUUCGCGAAAGACUUGGUCUUCAAGAGAUCCCAGUGAGGCCGCGGCGAAGGUGGCUCCGUAUAAAAUAUAUUUAUUCCUACUUUGUUAACUUAACGGUGAGAGAAACCGAGAGCUGUGAGAGAAAGAGAGGUUUAUGUUAAAUAGAAUAGGUUCAAUAAGUCGAGAAACGUCUUACUAAUAUGAAUGUAAAUAUAUUGCAGCUUCAGUUUAAGUUAAAGAUGUAUUUUUUAAACGAGUUUUUGUAUUAUUGCAUUUUAUAAUUAUUAAAAUGAUGAUUCCAUAUUAAGGUGAAUAAGGGUUAAACGGUGUCUUUAUCACUAAACUACGACAAUGUCGUCGGGUAUUAGCGAACAGAUGAACAGAACAGAAAAAAUUAAAAUAUUAUGUUAUUUCUUUGAAUAAAAUAUUUGUUACUUAAAA